AUGAAGAAAUUGAGAAGCUAUUACUCAAAUGCGAGACAUCACCAUCAUCAUCAUAAUGCUGCUGUUGCAGCAGAGAGGAAAUGGAUUUGUUUCCCUAUUGUGAUUGGCUCAAUCUUCGCUCUCUUCCUACUGUUCCUCACGACGCUAACUUCACCAAACGGAGCUCGAUUCCUCCCUUUUACCCGACCCGUUUUGCUAUCCGGAUCUGAAUCGUCGGCGUUCGUCGAAUCGAAGAUCAAACCCAAACCUGUCUCUUCCCUCCCUGCUCUGCCCCGAUUCGCUUACUUGAUUUCCGGAUCCGCCGGCGACGGGAAGUCUCUCCGGCGAACUCUUUUGGCGCUCUACCAUCCGAAUAACCGGUACGUUGUUCAUCUGGACAGAGAGUCUUCGCCGGAGGAGAGAGAGGAUCUCCAUGGAUACAUUCGAAACUCGUCUCUGUUUAGGAGAUUCGGGAAUGUUCAUAUGAUUGAGAAAGCUAAUCUCGUCACGUAUCGUGGACCUACCAUGGUUGCGAACACGCUUCACGCGGCGGCGAUUUUGCUCAGAGAAGGAGCUGAUUGGGAUUGGUUCAUCAAUCUCAGCUCCUCUGAUUAUCCUCUAAUGACUCAAGACGAUUUGUUGCAUAUAUUCUCGCAUUUGCCGCGGGAUUUGAACUUCAUUGAUCAUACUAGUAACAUUGGAUGGAAAGCAUCACAAAGAGCAAAACCGGUAAUUAUAGAUCCUGGACUGUAUCUGAACAAGAAAUCUGAUGUUUUUUGGGUUACUCAAAGACGAAGCAUCCCAACAGCAUUCAAGCUCUUCACAGGCUCUGCUUGGAUGGCGUUAUCUAGGCCUUUCGUGGACUAUUGUAUAUGGGGUUGGGACAAUCUACCUCGUACUGUGUUAAUGUACUACUCGAAUUUCCUCUCAUCUCCUGAAGGAUAUUUCCACACCGUGCUCUGCAACGCUGAUGAGUUCAGAAACACGACAGUAAACAGCGACUUGCACUACAUAUCGUGGGACAAUCCGCCUAAGCAGCAUCCACACCAUCUCACUCUUGGGGACAUGACUAAAAUGGUCGAUAGCAACGCACCGUUUGCAAGAAAGUUCAGAAGAGAAGAUCCUGUUCUUGACAAGAUCGACGAUGAGCUUCUUGACCGAGGUCCUGGCAUGGUUACACCUGGUGGUUGGUGCAUUGGAAGCCAUGAGAAUGGGACUGACCCUUGUGAUGUUAUUGGUAACACCGAUGUCAUCAGACCUGGUCCAGGCGCAAAACGGCUUGAGAAACUGGUUACUUGGCUGUUAUCUACAGAGAAUUUCCGACCAAAACAGUGCAAGUAA